AGCCUUGGCAGGCGAGUGGUCAGUAAUGCUAAGAUCAGCCUUCCCGCUGGUGUUCCAGUUGCCGCACAGGAAACCGCCCCCAAUCCGCCCACCCCGCCCACCACCUGUUCGUCGCUAUGCCUCCCCGGCCGCCGCCGUCCCGCCGCCGCCCCCUCCGCCACGGCCGCUCCCCCCGGCUUCCGCGUACGUGCACCUCCCCUUCUGCCGCAAGCGGUGCCACUACUGCGACUUCCCCAUCGUGGCGCUCGGCUCCUCCGCGCCCUCCCCCGGCGGCCCGGGCGAGGGCGAGGACCCCCGGAUCGCCGACUACGUGCGCCUCCUGCUCCGGGAGGUGGCCGCCACGCGGCCCGUCUCCGACGACGGCGUGCCGCUGCAGACCAUCUUCUUCGGCGGCGGCACCCCGUCGCUGGUCCCGCCGAGGCUGGUGGCCGCGGUGCUGGACGCGCUGCGCGGCAGGUUCGGGCUGUCCGCGUGCCCGGAGGUGUCCAUCGAGAUGGACCCCGGCACGUUCGACGCGGCCAAGCUGCGGGAGCUGGUGGGCGUGGGCGUGAACCGGGUGUCGCUCGGCGUGCAGGCGUUCCAGGAGGAGCUGCUCCGGGCGUGCGGCCGCGCGCACGGCCUGCGGGAGGUGCACGAGGCCGUCGGGAUCGUGACCGCCUGCGAGGGGCUCCAGAACUGGAGCAUGGACCUCAUAUCCUCCCUGCCCAACCAGACCCAGGAGAUGUGGGAGGAGAGCUUGCGGUGCACCGUCGAUGCCCGCCCCACGCAUGUCUCCGUCUACGACCUGCAGAUCGAGCAGGGCACCAAGUUUGGCCAAAUCUAUACGCCUGGUGUAUUUCCUCUCCCAAAUGAGACAGACUCUGCAAACUUCUACAAGAUCGCUUCAAAACAGCUUUCUGAAGCAGGAUAUCAACACUACGAGAUCAGUAGCUACUGCAAGCCUGGUUACGAGUGCAAGCACAACGUAACAUACUGGCAAAACAGGCCGUUCUAUGCGUUUGGUCUGGGAUCGGCAAGCUACAUCAACGGUGUCAGGUUCUCUAGGCCCAGAGGAAUGAAGAACUACGCAGAUUGGGUUCAGAAGCUGGAAGACGGGACCUGGUGCCACGAGCCUAGUGUCUCCGAGACGAAGGAUAUGGCGAUGGACUCGGUGAUGCUAUCACUGAGAACAGCUCGCGGGCUGGAUCUGCACAGUUUCAGUAAAUCUUUUGGCGAGGGUCUGACACGGUCAUUGUGCGAGACGUUUAGGCCUUUUGUUGAGAGUGGGUUGGUGAUCGCCAUGGACAAGGAGCAAGUGGCCCUGCAGUUCAAUGAGUUUGAGUCAGAUUUGGAGGGUGAGAUGAGUGGGAGCAGGGUGGCCUUCCUCCGCCUGAGUGACCCGGAUGGAUUUCUGCUGUCCAACGAGUUGAUCUCGCUUGCCUUUGGGACUAUUUCGCCAUGACAAGAGUAGCUGGCUUUUCGCAUUGAUAAUUCCACAUUCUUAUUUGUCAGAUUUUAUCUGACAAAAUUGACACUUACUGAUAUACUAGACAUUAGCUGAUCACUGGGAUCCAUAGCAAUUUUUGUUUUACAAAAUUGUUCAAUUGUUCAGCUAGCACCAAUCGUGUGUUUACCAGACCCCUAGCCGGUGCUUUCUGAAUUUGAAUUUAACGGGGCGCCUUCUACCUGUCA